AUGUCAUCACUACGCAUGUUGGCACGAGCCACUGCUCUACGCUCAACAGUACAGUUACAAUGUUACAGCAGCGCUACAAACAUGAACAACAAUCCGCAAAAGAAGCUGUACGAGACGCACAUUCCUAUUCCAAUUCAACAACGUGCGCUGUUAGCCGCUGGCUCAGCUUUAACAGCCCUCCUUGAUCCUUUACGUGGAGACAUGGUCGCUGCACUGGGAGAAACAACAGGAACAACUGCGCUCAAGCGAAUGCGGGACCAAAUGCUACAAACAGAAAGUGGACGACAAAUCUUACGCGAACGACCCGUUAUCCACACGUCGUCGAUCGAUUUCGCAAAACUACGCGAGACAUGCAAACCGGGUACAUUUGGACAUCUUUACGUAUCAUGGUUGGAUGCUGAAGGAGUUACUCCAGAUACGCGUGAACCGGUACAUUUUGUUGACGACGAAGAACUGGCCUAUGUGAUGCUACGAUACAGACAAUGCCACGACUUUUAUCAUGCAUUGACGGGGUUGGGAGUCUCUGUGGAAGAAGAGUUGGCAUUGAAAUGGUUUGAGUGGGCACAGACAGGACUACCCAUGACAGCCAUGUCAUCUAUCUUUGGCCCAAUGAUGCGGUCACGAGAAAGUCGCAGACGUCUGUUUGAUGUGUAUGUGCCUUGGGCCGUAUACACUGGAAAAUCCUCGGUCCCACUUAUUUCAGUUUAUUUCGAGAAACAUUUUUGCAGAGAUCUUGACGAACUUCGUCGUGAACUUGGCAUCACACCUCCACCAUCCAUACAUGAAGAAACAUCACUGCCAUAUAAAUAUUAA